ACCGGAACCAGGACCAGCAGACGGCUCCAGACCAGAACCCAGUAUGCAGUGCUCCCGUUGUCCCGCCCUUCUGGUUCUCGCGGCGCUGGUUCUGAGCAGUCCGGGAGUUUCCUCUCAGCCCGACAGAGACCAGGACCAGCUCCUGAACCCGGACCUGGACCUGGAGCUGCGUCACCACCGGCUGCUGCAGCGAGCUCGCAGCGCCGGGCUCCUGUCGCAGGAGUGGAGUAAGCGUGCGGUAGAGGACCUGCUGGCUCAGAUGUCUCUCCCUGAAGCCGACGCCCAGCGGGACGCCGAGGCCGUCUCCACGGCAGCGGGAGGGAGGCUGAACCUGGAACGCUCCGUCGACCCGCCCAACAACCUGCCGCCACGCGAACGCAAAGCCGGCUGCAAGAACUUCUACUGGAAGGGCUUCACUUCCUGUUAGGGCAGCUGAGGCCACGCCUUCUUCCCACCAACAGCCAAUCUCUGAUCUCCUGACCCUA